GAGAGUGGAGAAGGGAGGGCUGGCAGUCAGAAACAAGCAAAGUAAUUCUCACCAAAGCACAGACGGUUGUGCUACAGCAGGAGCUGCAGUUGCUCUCUGACACAUUUUUUUUGUACUACAGACUGCUGCCCCCUUUAGUCCAUAUUGGUCCAGAGUUUCCGUUUUUUUGGAUAGUUUUGCUGCAAACGCACGCACCCACGCUUCCUCAGAGAUAACAUCUCAAGAAUCACCAGGGGUCGCCAACCCAUCGAUCGUUUGGGACUUUGCCGGUCGAUCGCGAGAACAUUUGGAAAGAAAAAUUGAUCAGAUCCGUGCCCUCACUUCCCGUACAGCGACCAACAGGCACGCAUUUUGUCUUUGAGCCGCGACGAUGACGCUCGUUAAGGGAUAGAUCUUGCGCAGCUUCGCGGGAUCUUGGUCUCAAAAAGGUGAAUGCUGUCAUGCCAUUUGGGUGCCUUGCUCUGCGAGAGGGGCGGACCUAUGAUAGUAUAUCUGAUGUGACAGACAAAUAUGAGAUCGGUCAGGUCCUCAGAGCGAAGGAGUUCUGUGAGCUGUGCCUGGCUAAGGACAGACAAACAGACAAAGUGUUUGUCUGCAAGAAAUUUCUCAAGAAAGACGGCAGGAAAGUCCGCAAGGCCGCCAAGAACGAGAUCAUGAUCCUGAAAUUGGUCAACCACCCAAACAUCCUUCAACUUAUUGACACCUUUGAGACAAGAAAAGAAUACUUCAUCAUCCAAGAACUUGCCACAGGGGGAGAUGUCUUUGACUGGAUUCAAGACCAAGGGAAUUACACUGAAAAAGAUGCCUCCAGCGUCAUAAGACAGGUCCUGGAGGCUGUGGCGUACUUGCACUCUCUCAACAUAGUCCACAGAAACCUGAAGCUGGAAAACCUAAUGUACUACACAGAGAACAAUCACAACAAAGUAGUUCUGCGAGAUUUCUACCUCUCCAGAUUUGAGAAUGGGCCUAUCACUGAACCCUGUGGAACACCAGAAUACCUGGCACCUGAAGUCGUGGCUCGUCAUCGGUAUGGCCGACCAGUGGACUGCUGGGCUGUGGGUGUUAUUAUGUUCAUACUAUUAUCGGGUAAUCCUCCUUUUUAUGAUGAAACAGAAGAGGAGAAUACAGAUUUACAUAAUCGCAUCAUUUUCUGUCGCAUUGUUGCUGGCGACUUUGAGUUUGAUUCUCCAUACUGGGAUGACAUAUCUCCUGCAGCUAAGCAGCUUGUCUGUCGACUCAUGGAGGUGGACCAGAUGCUGAGAAUCACAGCACAAGAUGCACUUUGGCAUGAAUGGAUUGCAGGGAAUGGUGCGUCAGAGAAGAACCUAAAGGAUGGCGUCUGUGCCCAAUUUGAGAAGAACUUUGCAAAGGCCAAAUGGCGGAAAGCAAUCCGUGUCACCACCUUCAUGCAGCGACUGAAGAACUCUGAAUCAGUUAUUGACAGUUCUGCUGAGGUAAAGGGCGAAGAAGCAGGAGAAGUUGAAGGGGGGGUGUCCCAGGUGGCAAGCAAUAACGGAGGUAGCAAAGUCACUGAUGGUGGGAUGAUGUCCAGUGGUGUGUCUUUAGAUGUAAUGGUUGAAAACAGACCAGCAGGUGUGGACCAGGAGGUGAAUGUGAUUCUUGAACCCUCAGCUGAAGCACCUCCCUCAAGUGAAAAGUUUGGCACAAAGAAAGCACCAGCUAAUGAAAACAGGAAAACUGCCACCGAUUUAGAUCAAAACAAAGAAUCCAAAAUAAACCCCUUGGUGACUCCAGAACAUACCAAGCUAUCAGACAGUAUUUCAGAUCCACAUCUUGACAGGAAACAGACAAGCACCUCCCCUGAUCCCAACAGCAAGCUUAAGAUGGCUGCAACACUUCAUGGCCCUCCACCCACAGCUUCUGCUAGUGCCACACAGAAGGAUGAGAGUGAUGGAAGCUGGUGUCAGACACAAAUACCUGAGGCAGUGGCAGAGAGCUCAGUGGGAGCAGCAGCCACACCGGCAGUUGCACCAGGACAAGGGGUAGAUGCAAGUCUAGGAGUUAGUUUAAGACUUGCUGCUAGUCCUGCAUUGAGGAGGGACGGGGAUGCCCGAAAAACAGACAGAUAUAGUGCUGAGUUUAAUAUUGCUAGGGCAGGUCCUCCAACAGGUCAGGGUUGCUAUGCAAUUGGCAGCUCUGCUAGUUUGGGUCGUCACGCUACACCUUUCCACACAGACAUUGGGACCGUAGGCAUGGGGAUGGCAGGGCCCUAUGGGAGUCCAUAUAGUACUCUGUAUGCAAGUGGAAGAGGCGGAGGGAUGUAUGGAACUGGGCUGCAUCAUGGAGAAGUAGGAAGCAGUACGACAAGCGACUGGCAAAUGGACAGUGUGAUUGAGCAGAUAGAAAAGCAAAUGGUGGCAGUGCUGGAGAAAAUAGAGGGAGACAUGCCCUCAUUGCUGGAGCAAAUCAGUGACUGCCCCUCUGAACCGCUACACAUCAGGAGUACGCAGGCUUCGCCUGCCACCUCUCGUGCACGCACAUCACAACACUCGACUGAAACAUCGGGCACCCCGCCACCUCUUCCCAAGUCUCCCAGGCCUGCACUGCCAUCUCUCCCUCGCCUUACUAUCCCACCUCCUUCCUAUCCUCCACCCUCCCCUCCUACUCAAGCCUCAGUCCAGGCUACAGGAGAGCAGCUGGAGAAGGGUGGACAGAGAGGGGCAGAAUAUUGCAGCCAUUCCUCUGGCGCUGGAAUGAGCAGAGGGCUAUAAAACAUGUGGGAAUAGAAUGAAAGAAGAUACUCUAUGUUGAAAACUAAAUUUGAGUAUAAAUUAUCUUGAUCUCUUGCUGUAGGUCUUGAUUUAUAGUCAAACCAAGACAACACACCCAACUUGGGUGACACCAACACCCAACCAACCCCCCCACACCCCCGGAGAUGUAUUGUUUGGUAUGAUGGUAUGGUUACAAUCUGAUGACCAGCACACAAAUACUCUGUAAAGAGGAAUACAUUAAUGUAUAUUUAGGUAUGGCAUCUGUAAAGAGCAUGAUCUCACUCCACUUCUUAACACUAGAAUCCAAGCGCUUUGUGUCGUCAAAAACGCAUAGCAUGUAGAAAAAAAAAAGUAACGGAUAACGUACACUAUUUAAGUCUCCCACAAAUUGUAAGUACAGUGGUGUGAAAAAGUGUUUGCCCUCUUCCUGAUUUUUUUUUUUUUUUUUUGCAUGUUGGUCAGACUUAAAUGUUUCGGAUCAUCAAACAAAUCUCAAUAUUAGUCAAUGGCAACACAACUGAACACAAAAUACAGUUUUUAAAUAAAAAUAUACAAACCUACAUGGCCGUGUGUGAAAAAAGUGAUUGCCCUCCCUGUUAAAACGCAACUGUGGAUUAUCACACCUGAGUUCAAUUUCUCUAGCCACACCCAGGCCUGAUUACUGCCACACCUGUUGUCAAUCAAUAGAUCACUUAAGUAGGACCUGCUGAUAAAGUACAGCAAAAGAUCUUCAAAAGCUAGACAUCAUGCCGAGAUCUAAAGAAAUUCAGGAACAAAUGAGAAAGAAAGUAAUUGAGAUACAUCAGUCUGGAAAAGGUUAUACAUUUAUUUCUAAAGCUUUGGGACUCCAGAGAACCACAGUGAGAGCCAUUAUCCACAAAUGGUGAAAACAUGGAACAGUGGCAAACCUUCACAAAAGACCCCACAACAACAUCCAAAGUUACGUUCCGUGUUCAUGACUCCACCAUAGUAAAGACACUGGGCAAAAAUGGUCUGCAUGGCAGAGUUUCAAGACAAAAACCACUGCUGAACAAAAAGAACAUUAGGGCUUGCCUCAAUUAUGAGGAAAACAUCUUGAUGAUCCCCAAGACCUUUGGGACAAAGUAAAGCUGCAUAUCACAAAAAGACCAUCAUACCAACAGUAAAAUAUGGUGGUGGUAGUGUGAUGGUCUGGGGCUGUUUUGCUGCUUCAGGACCUGGAAGACUUGCUGUGAUAAAUGGAACCAUGAAUUCUGCUGUCUACUAAAAAAUCCUGAAGGAGAAUGUCCGGCCAUCUGUUCAUUAUCUCAAGCAGAAACGAACUUGGGUUCUGCAGCAGAACAAUGAUCCAAAACAUACCAGAAAGUCCACCUCUGAAUGGCUGAAGAAAAACAAAAUGAAGACUUUGGAGUGGCCUAGUCAAAGUCCUGACUUGCUUCUUACUGAGAUACUGUAGCACACGUGUCAAACUCGUGCCCUGGAGGGCCGAGACGCUGCAGGUUUUCUCUCCAACCAGUUUCUUCAGCAGGUGAUUUAAUUGAUGAGCUCCUUCCAUCAAACUGAAGGUGUUGAUCAUUAACAUCACCUGCUUUAGUGACUGGCUGGAAAGAAAACCUGCAGUGUCUCGGCCCUCCAUGGCACGAGUUUGACACCCCUGCUGUAGCAUGACCUUAUAAAAGCAGUUCAUGCUUGAAAACCCUCCAAUGUGAGACGAAUGAGCCAAAAUUUUGAUUGCAGUUGUUGCUGCUAAGGGUGGCCCAACCAGUUAACAGGUUUAGGGGGCAAUCAUUUUUUCACACAGGGCCAUGUGGGUUUGGAUUUUUUUUCUCCCUUAAUAAAAAAAGGUUUCAUUUAAAAACUUCAUUUUGUGUGCAGUUGUGUUGUCAUUGACUAAUAUUUCAAUUUGUUUGAUCUGAAACGUUUAAGUGUGACAAAGAUGCAAAAAAAAAAAAUAAGAACUCAGGCAGGGGAAAACACUCACCACUGUACAUGUACUGUAAGUAGGUUCCUAAUUCUUGUUGCUGUUGUAAACUUCCUCAUGUGCACACAUAUUUAACAUUUUUCUAAUCAAGCACUUCCAUUUGUACUUUUGUUCAUUUUCACAUAGCCUUUCAUUCUAAAGUGAAGUUGAGAUGUGGCAAACCGGACUGAUCCAACCUUAUUCCUGAGCUAUUUGUUGAAUGUGAACAUGUCUUUACCCAUGUUUUCCGGUAGUCUUGCACAUAUAUUUAUUGAGAGGAAGAGCUCAACUUAUUUUAGUAUCACAAGUAUAACAUAUUUACAUUUUUUCAUGCUUUUGGGUCCAUGUGGGUCUUUUUUCCUGAUAAAGUCUAUCGACCAUUUCCCCCCUAUGUAAACGAUACUGUCUGCAGGUCUUUCAAUAAAGUCAGAAAUG